AUGUCAGACUCGUCUGAAGAUGAAAUAUCCGAUGAAGAAGUUCUUGGCGAAGUUCCAAAAUCGGCGGCUGGUGAAGGAGCCAAGGAGGCGGUUACCAUAACGAUCCAAGAAAAACGAUUGACUUUCGAUGAGGCCUCGAAGUGCUUGAACACCCUGGGCAAGGAUGAAAGUGGAAUGCGUUACGCGUACUUAAAAGUAACAGUGACCGAUCGGAAGCUGACCGACGUGAGAAUCCUGACGAACUUUCGUCAUCUGCUCUUCGUCGACGUGAGCGGAAACUACCUUAACCUGCAGGCCCUACAGACGUUCAGCGGUCUUCCCUUCCUGGUACAGCUGUACGCGCAGCGUAACUUCGUCGAGUGCGCCCUUCUCAAGGAAAUGCCCUACCUACAGGAUUUAUCGUUGUCGAGGAACCAAAUUACCAUAACCAGCGGGAUCGAACAGCGGGCGCUCGAGUAUCUGGAUUUGAACUUUAAUCAAAUCUAUCAGAUGGAAUUCGAUUCGAGUCUUCUGCCGCAUCUGAAACUGUUGGAGCUGCGUGGAAAUUAUCUGUUUGAAGUGGGUGGAAAUAUCCCGGAAUCAAUUGAAAAGUUAUAUUUGGCCUCCAAUAGGAUAUCGCGGAUAAUCGAAUCGGACCUUUCGAAGUUGCGAAACCUGAAGGUGCUUCACUUACGAAACAACAUGCUACGCAAAUUAAAUGGAUUCGGACCGCAGUUGGAGAACUUGAGGUAUCUGAAUUUAAGGCAGAAUCGCAUUACGAAAGUGCGGCAAUUCAGAAAGUUGGCCGCCCUGCCAUGUCUGGAUACGCUUAUUUUAACCCAAAAUCCAGUUAGCGGUGAGCGAGCAAAAAAAAAAGAACGAAACUCAGGGGAGGGCGGGUCUGAAAUGGGUGGUGAGGGUGAUCAAGCCAGCGACGAGGAAGAUGCCGAGGACGAACAGGAGCCGACGGAUCCUCUCAGGUGGAUACGGAUCGGAAUACUGGUGCUUUUGCCCAAUUUAAUCAGGAUCAAUAAGAUGAUUGUUUCUUACGAUGAAAGGGAAAAGGCUAAGAUGAUUUACAAUGAACGAUUGGCUGAAAUCAUGGCUGAAGAAAGUAGCGAGGACGAACUUGAUCCUGUGACCUCAACAACGGAAUACCUAACAGAAUUGGAUGAGGUUGAGGACGAGGAAGGCGACAUGUGA